UGGAAAUGCGGAAAUCUGUGACAGGAGAAUUGUCAAAUCUUCAAUUUUACGUGUUCGUGUGUAAAGAAAAUACGUUAUGGCAUGAUUACUCAUAACAUUUGUCAAGGCCAUGCCAAUAUACUGUAUUACCAAAUACUCUAAUGUCAUUACAAUUAGGUUAUAUCAAGGAAUGUUUUUUUGUGGCUGCUUGGGAUUAUCAUGAUUAUGGCCCUUUGCCUUGCUCCCGUAUUUGUAAUAAUAAUAAUAAUAUGUAAUAAUAUGGCAUUGCUAAAGAACAAACAUUACAUAUAAUAAAACCUGACAGUUUUGUUGAAAACCCCUCAAAAUGUCUCAACGAAGUGGUAUGUUUACAACCACAACAAGUCCUGACAGUGUCACAUCAGUAUUACUCUCUGAUGAAAAUGCAAAAAAGUGGAAAGGAAUUUUCAUUAAAUUGCUGAAAAUGGUUCAGCGUCAAGUUCACUCAGAUCUGAGUGCUAAAGAAGAUGCGUUAGAUUAUAUUGAAGGACUACUGCUGCAAUUACUCGUCUCUCUCUGUGCCUCUCAACCUCAAAAAGUACAAGAUGUUGAGGACAGAAUACAGAAAACUUUCCCGGACCCCAUUGAUAAAUGGGCAAUAAAAGAUGCGAAAGAAGCCCUAGAACGGGCUCCUGGCGUUAAAGCGAAGAAAAAUAGCAAUCAAAAUCUACCUGUUGAUAAAGUUCAUCCUUUAUUAAAAGAGUUGCUUGGUUAUAGAGUAGAUUAUAGUGUAGCAGUAUAUAUGGUAGCAGUAUUGGAAUAUAUCGCAGCAGAUAUACUCAAGUUUACUGGAACAUAUGUGAAAAAUAUUCGACAUGGUGAAAUAACAUGUCAAGACGUAAAAGUGGCAAUAUGUGCUGACCAGGUAUUAAUUGACAUGUUUUCACAAGAAGAAGAAAUGUCCAUGUCCAUGGUAGAGAAUGAACCAAUACAUCGUGAUUCCCUGAAAUAUGAAGAUAUUGUUAAAGAUUUUAUUUUAGAAGAAACCCAGUAUUUGAGAGAUCUAAAUCUAAUCAUUAAAGUAUUUAGAGUUCCCUUUGCAAAGUUAUUUCCACGAAGCAAGGACUUAGAUGUUAUAUUUAGUAAUAUAUUGGAUAUAUAUGAUCUUACAACUAAAUUACUUAGUCUAGUAGAAGACCAAGUAGAAAUUACAGAUGAAAGGGAAACGCCUUUAGUUGGAACGUGUUUUGAAGAUAUUGCUGAGGGUGAAGAAUUUAAUGUAUAUGAGAAAUAUGUAGAUGAUAUGAUGGCACCUAGAGGUAAAGAAAGACUAUAUACUUUAUUACAAAGAGAAGAUGUUAGUCAGUAUAUGCAGUCUGCUGGUCAUGGUUUUAAAGGAGCUGUCAAAUAUGUUUUACCUAAAUUACUACUUGGACCUGUCUAUCAUUGUUUACAUUAUUUUGAAGUCAUUGAUAUAUUGAUAGAAAGUAGUAAAAAUGAAGAAGAUCAAGAAUGUUUAGAACAAGCUAACAGUUUACUUCAAGCUCUUAAAGCAUCCAUGGAAAGAAAGUUUGGUGGAGCUAUUCCUAAACGUAAACCAUGGGAAAUAUCUCUACGGUUACAAGGUAGAUUUGGCAGACCAGAAAUUCUGGAGAAAAUGAAUGAAAUACAAAAAAGUAUUGAUGGUUGGGAGGGUAAAACAAUAGGACAGAGUUGUAGUGAGUUUAUAAUGGAUGGAGAGUUAAUUAAGCAUACAGGUCGACGUCCAUCUGAUAGACAUGUAUUUUUGUUUGAUAAUUUGAUUGUAUUAUGUAAACACAAUAGACGAUCAUCAGUGACUGGUUCUAUAUCCGAAUAUAAACUAAAAGAGAAAUAUUAUGUACGUAAGGUUGAAAUAAAAGACAGAGAAGAUACAGACGAUUUAAAACAUGUAAUUGAGUUACAUCCACGUGAUCAUCCUGGUGUAAUAUUGACAGCUAAAAAUGCUGAAGAUAAAGCUAACUGGAUGGCAGCUUUAAUAUCAUUACAGACCAGAAGUAUGUUAGAAAGAGCUCUAGAUGGUAAAUUGAGAGAAGAAGAAAAACAACAUCCAUUGUGUCUUCCUACACCACAACAAUAUAGAUUUGCUGAAGAGAACUCGGAAGAAAACAUAGUAUUUGAAGAGAACCAAGAUCCAUCAAUAGAAAGUCCACUGAUAAAAGGUGGACUACUAAUUAAAUUGAUAGAACGUCUCACAUAUCAUAUGUAUGCUGAUCCUAAAUUUGUGCGGACAUUCCUUACUACUUAUAGAUCAUUUUGUAGCCCACAUGAACUACUUGAUUUACUUAUAGAACGGUUCGAGAUACCAGAUAUAGUAGUACAGCAAGAUGAUAUUGGUGUUGAUCAUCAGAAAGAUCCAAGUCUAAAAACUAGAGAUGACUUAAAACGAUUUCGUAAAGAAUAUGUUAAACCCAUUCAAUUCAGAGUUGUGAAUGUAUUAAAACACUGGGUUGAUCAACAUUUCUAUGAUUUUGAGAGAGAUGAUGCACUUCUAACCAAGUUAGAGCGAUUUCUCAGCACUAUCAAGGGAAAGGCAAUGAAGAAAAUGGCAGAGUCGAUCAACAAAGUUGUUAGUCGAAGGCAAGAAAGUUCUAAUACAGAGAGAGAAAUAACAUAUCAAACAGAAUUACCAGCAAUUGAAUGGCAUUUAACACAAAAACCUGAAGAAUUUGACUUGAUGAAGUUACAUCCAAUAGAAAUAGCUCGCCAAGUAACGUUAUUAGAGUUUGAUCUAUAUAGAGCUGUACAACCUUCAGAAUUAGUUGGUAGUGUAUGGAUCAAGAAAAAUAAAGAUAAAACCUCACCUAAUCUACUAAAGAUGAUACAUUUCUCUACUAUGUUUACAUUCUGGUUAGAGAAAUGUAUUAUAGAAACAGAUAAUCUAGAGGAAAGGGUAGCUGUUAUGUCCCGUAUUCUAGAAAUAAUGUUGGUCUUUCAAGAACUCAACAAUUUCAACGGUGUAUUAGAGGUUGUUAGUGCUAUGAACUCAGCACCAGUUUAUAGACUUGAACACACAUUUAAGGAAUUACCCCAUAAACUCUACAAAUCUUUUGAUGAAGCCAAAGAAUUAAAUUCAGAUCAUUUCAAAAAAUACACAGAAAAGCUCCGGUCAAUAAACCCACCAUGUGUUCCCUUUUUAGGAAUGUACCUGACCAAUAUUUUACUAACAGAGGAGGGCAAUCCAGACUUUUUACCCAAUCGACCAAAAGGUCUGAUUAAUUUUAGUAAAAGACGAAAAGUGGCAGAAAUAACUGCAGAAAUUCAGCAAUAUCAAAAUCAGCCUUACUGUUUAAGUGUAGAGAAUUCUAUCAGAGAAUUUUUUGAAAAGUUGAAUCCAUUAGAAGAUAGAUGUGAAAAAGAUUUCAAUGAUUAUCUUUAUGCAAAAUCAUUAGAAAUAGAGCCACGGGGUUCAAAGCAGGCAGUAAAAUAUCCAAAGAAGUUCCUAGAUUUCUCAUUAAAAUCACCAGGUGUGAAACCAUUAUCUGGUCAUAGACAGAGUUCGGCCAGAUCAAGCCAGCCAACCACUUUUCCUUUUAACGUACCAAAGAACUCAGAAGAUGAUGAUUCCUCUUCACCAUCUUGUGCCACCCCACCAACUCCGAGCACCCCCCUCACCCCUACACUUUUCAGUGGCAGUCAUUUGGGUAGUAUGAGUACUCUAGCUAGUAGUACUAGUACAUUAAUGGGCAGUACACAUAGUGUUCUUACAAACUUUUCUAAUGAUACAAGUAUCUUAUCAGAAUUUGGAUAUGGUUUAGAGUUGGAUAAUGCUUUAGAGAAACAUGUGUUAACACCACCACCACUUCCUCCCAGACGUAAACACAAUGACUCUGAAUGUUCUUUAUCAGGAUUAUCCCUAUCUGAUAAUCCACCCAUUCCCCCUCCUCGUCACGAUGAAGAAAGACCUCCACCUGUUCCCCCUAGGAGGGAUUCUUUUAAGUCACGAGACUCUGUUUUUAGUACAUUACCGAGAUCACAAAGCAUCUCUCAUCAACCGCGACCUGUUAUGCCACCGUCAACAAGCUCAACACUUCCACGUCACAAUUCAGAACGAGGAUAUCCUUCUAAUUUGAUCUUUGAUAUCAAUGGGGAUGAUCCCCCUGGACUUCCGGAAAUUCCACCUCGAACUUACAAAAUUGUUCAUUCACGGAAACAGAGUAGCUAGAAGUGAGCCUUUUUUAUAGUUGGCUUGGAUGUGAUAUGUUAAGACAAAUUGUGAAUCAAAUUAUUUGUAUGAAAAAGUAAUGUACGAGAAUUUCAUUCCUUGUUUACAGUAAUCACUACUGUAUAUAUUGUAUAUGUAGAAUGGAAGAGCGAGAAAGUGCCUAGGAGGAGAAGAAAAGAACAAGUUGUUUGUGUGAAGGUUUUUUUUUUCAAUAAGUGGACGGAACAUUAUUGUGUAUUGUUAAUGAUUACUAGUGAGUUUUUAUGCUGUGUUUUUGUGUACAUAGAGUAUGUUAUUUUUUGUGUAGUGUAUGUUUGUAUGUAUGUGCUAAGUUUUUGUGUAGUGUAUGUUUGUGUGAAUGUGGCUUGUGAAAUGUUGUAGAAUUAAAUAAUGGACUAUGUUAUGUGUCUAGUCACUAAUGUUGUGUGCUCUUAGUAAAUAUAAUAUAUCAAGAUGACAUAGAAGACAUUUUGGACACAUCAGAUGAAAGUAUAUGCAUUGCAAAUUUACUAACUUAAUGUUUAAUUAUCAAUUUUCCAGUAAACAAUGAUAAGGUCACCAAGACAUCUGUUAGCAACAUAAUAAUGUUGUGGAGCUUUCUACAAUAAAAUUUGGAAAAUGCUAUGUAUGUCUGUAGCUUGGCUAAACUUGAGUGCCAUUAAAUAAUUGACGUCCUGAUGAUAGAGAAUAUAGACUACAAUUUUGUUGUUUAAAUAUGCAUUGAAAGAGCUGUAGACCUUAAAUACUGGCCCGUCACUCUAAACACUGAUAAUUUGGGUCCACUGAUAAUGCCCGGUGCCCUUUAACGGUAAUAGAUUGGGUCCACUGAUUAAGACUAAAUUAACAAUACUGUUUAACCUAUAUAUUAGACCAAAGGGCUUAUUAAUCCCCUACCAUUGAAUGAUGGAUUUUCUCUCCAUUCCUCCUCCUGUCCUUUUUGUGUCCUGGAAUUAUUUUGAUUUAGCUUGGUUGAAGCAAACCUACAGAUCCAGUGGGAAUCUUUUAUAUUUACUGAAUUAUGGUCCUUUAAUGACUUAAAAUUAACUUAAACAUACCAGUAUUUGAUUAGGGUUACAGACCAAUUCAGUGAAAAUUUCGUUUUACUGAUUUUAUUCAUCUAUAGUAUCUGGAUUAUAUUUUCGCAGAAGUGUAUUCAUAAUUUCAAUCUCUUAUAAAUGCAGGAAUUGUAAAAUUUUUUGCAACUUGGUAGAGAAAUGUGUUGCCUCAGCACUACUUUCAGAAUGCUUGUUAACAGAUGUCUUGGUUGCCUUCACAACAUCCAAAUAGUUUAUUAUAGCAUUUAUAUUAUGAAAUUUGUUUGUGUAAGUGAAGAAGAAUUCAUGUAGCAAUGUUCAUGAGUCAAAUACAGAUCUCACAGUUUGUUUUUCAUCCAAAGGCCACAAAAUUGUAUGAGUUUAUGUUCAAGACAGAUAUAGUUAUAGAGACAGAUUUUUGUUCAAAAUCUUUUAAACUUAAUACAUAUUUAUUUGAUAAGCUUACUAAUUUCGUAUGUGUUAGCUCAUACUGCUAUAUCAGAGCUUUAUGUUGAAACUAUCAAAUGAAUAACACCAUAGUACGGUUUCAUUUAUGUUGCUUAUUCUAGUAGGGUAUGUUCUGAACACAAACAAAUCCUUUGUAAAAUUCUUUUUACCUGUUCCAACCUCGUAGGUUUUCUCCAGGUCCUCCGGUUUCCUCCCACUGCCAAAGACCCCUACGCGCAAGCGAAUUAUUGAAAUAAAAUUGAACCAUGAGUUAGUCCUGAAAUGACCUAGUUUGUGUCGAGUGGAUGUUAAAUAUUGUGUAAUUAUUUGCAACUUAAGAUCCUUGAUUGCUUUGAGAAAUCUUGUUAUCUGAUUGAUUUGAAAUUUAUUUGUAAUGAUCAAGUUCAUGAGAUGUAGAUGUCUGUUAAUUUUCAAUUUUCAACAAUCUUUGAUAAUUACUUGCUUAUUGCCUUUGAAUGCCCAGAAAAAUCUUGUUUACACUCUUGUAUCCCAUAUUCUUGCAUCUGAAAACCCCUCUAUUAAUAAAGAAUUGAAAUUCUGCACACUUUAUGUGGACUGCUGGGACAACUUAGCUGCCGUGGGCAUAUGUUUGUUUCAUUGCCUAGCAACCCAUUCAUAUCUUCAUAAAUAUUCACAGUAUUACAGUAUAUUCUUUACAGUUAUCGACUCAGGGGUGUAAAAAUCCACUAGCCAGACACCUGGGCUACCAAAAAUACCUUACGGGCUAGUGAACAAUUUAGCUCCAUUAGUCCUGGACUAGUGCCCUUUCACUCUAAUUUUUUUUAUAGUUUGUGAAUUAAACUAGUUUUAUAAAGAAAUAGACUGUAAAAUAUCCCACAUUUAUUUUCUCCAAUCCCAGCUAAUACACACCAAUUUAAUUUUUUCUUCGUUUAACAAACAGCUUCGCGGCUAAAAUGGCACUUGCAUGCGAAUUCUCGUUGCUUUCUACAUCGUUAACUAGAAUGGUUCUUUUUGGCGGGGAAAAACAUGUCACGUGGGCAAAAAACAAUAACAUGGAGACCAUACCUACAUGUACCUGUAUUGCUUACUUGUCUAUGCCACGCCAAAGUAAUUUUAAAAUACCGUUCUAUAAAGAAAACAAACAAUGUUUCGACAUCACGAACUAUGCUUUCAUUUUCUGCCGUAUAAAUGAAGACACGUAAUUUUGGAGUAAAAUUACUGACAUGGAUUUGAAGCUGGUACAGGUCGGUCAAUUUCAUUCUAUGUGUUACAAAAACACAUAAUUUUGUAGAAAUAUUAUUGAUAUACAUUUGAAUACCAUACGGGAAUUAAAUGUGACAAAUACCCAGGAGCACAUACUUUUUUGUAUUCAGAACAUAUGCUAUAUAAUAUAAAAAUAUUUGUAGUUGAAGUUGAUUAGAGGGAAUGGAAGCUUAUUGACGUUAUUUCCUGAAGCUGACAAAUGACUUCUUGCGAUCUAAUUCUUGCCUCUAUUAACCCCAACUAAAAAUGCCUUGACGGGCAAAAUUAUAGCAUCCCUGAUGUUAAUGUACUAUGACUACUUGCAUUGUGCAAGGAGGGAGAAUUUUGUGCAGUCUUCAGCAUUCCCACCUACUCUUCUUCAGUUAUUCCAUUUAUCAAGUUUUAUUUUACAUGCAGACUAAUAUUAAAGCUUAUAACUAGUACAACUACGGACUAGUUAAAAAAUUUUAAUGCCGGGCUAGUGUCCGACAGUAGACCUGGCAGCUUAGCUCUGAGACUGAUGACCCAUGUAUUGUGAGAUAAAAAGUAUGAACCUGUAACACUACUGAAUCAAGUAUUAAAACUGUAUUUAUUACCAGUUAUUGCAGGUUUCAUAUCCAUCCGUUUAAUCAGUUUUUAUAUGUUCAAUAAGAAAUUAUCUGUAGGAUGCAACUAUAAUGGCUACUCUUAAAAUUAUUCUAUGGGUUAUAUUUUCCCUUCUUUAAAAAGAUUUAAUUGUAAUGGCUUUAACACACUAAGAACAUAUUACAUUAACCAGUUAUAAAUAAAUUAAGAUGUAUAUAUUUAUGUUUUUGCUGUAUAUUACAGCUUGUAGGUUAAUCUAUUUCCUUUGAAUCUAUAAUUAGAUACAAGAAACAAAUGUACAAUAAUGCAUUGGUUUCCUUUGAAAAUUGGUGAAAUGCAGGUAAAAGCCAGAUUUAAUAAAGCUUUACUUUUGCAUAUUGAAUUGUAUUUCCACUGUAAUAUCUUUUCCUGAAAUGAAUAUAUGUCAGUAUAGUUUAAAGGAUUGCAGAUUUUGAGUUAUUAGUUCCCUGUCAGAAGUCAAGUGUGUUUAAAAGUUUUCCACUAUUCUUCCCUUUCAAAUGUAAAAUUUCAUCUGUAGAUGUAGUAUUAGUAGCUAACAUAAACAUAUCUUGUUUGAGUUCCAUUACUCUUAACCUACCAGGAUACUUUUAGGGCAAUUGUGGUCCUUAGGCUUAGAGGCAAUAUUACACACUUUUCCCCUUAUGGUUCAAGAUCUGAUGUGUACCUUGUACAGCAUUUAGUUCAGUCCUUCACUUAUUAAUAGUACAUCAUUUUAAGAUUGUUUGUAGACCAGAAGUUGAAAUGUAUUGCUUUGGCCUGUGCAGUUGACAAGAAAACUGUACCCAGUCAUCCAGAUGGUACGAGGAACUGAACACAUAAACGUGCCCUUAAAGGAACCCUUGACAAUUGGAAUUAAAAGAAGACUUGACAACAACACAUACUACCUUCCACUGCACACUCUAUCUUUGUCUCAAUUUGACCGAAGUAAUUAAACCUUAUUAUUAAAUAAACUGUAAAAUGGGAAUCUUUCUACUAAUGUUUGCCCUUUUGUAAUAUAAUUUAGAAACAAGAAUUCUUAAAGAACAAUAUAUAUACAUUCUAAACCAGGGUUUAUAAGUAUGACUGUUGUAUGUCAUUAUUUAUCAUAAGUUAAAAUAAACAAAUGCAAUGGCUAUUCCAUUAAUGUAUAUCUGUUUUAGUUAUGUAAGUACUGGUAAUCAUGGAAAGAGUUUUUUUUUUAGGUAAUACAUUGGAUGAGUGUGUUUAGUUAGAAUAUAUUGCUAUUCCAUCUAAGGUGUAAACUGAAAUUUGUUAUUUUAAAGAUAUUUUAGCUGCAUCUAAAAUAUUGAUAAAACUGUUUGUAUUUGUUGAAUUUUUAUGAUUAUUUAGGAUAAUGCGUUGAAUUUGGUCAGGAAAUUUUAGUGUAAAUAUAUUCUAGAUAACUUACUGAACAUUACAAAAAAACAUAAACUACCAAUUUCUAAUUAUGGGUACUUAAAAAAUAUACAUUUAAUUUGUAAAAUACAAUAAUAUAUUUUGUCAUUCAGAGCGCAUAUCCUUUUUUUUAACAGUAAACCCACAAAUUUUGGAACUAGAGGCUUAAUUUUGAAAGAAUUUAGAUUUGGAUUCAACAAGAUUCACUUUGUCAAGUAAAUAUACCAAAUAUUUUGUUCAUGUGUAGAAAAUUAGUUACAAGAACAUUGGGGAUUGGUCAAGUGAUUAUGGAUGUUGUUGUAAAUGGCAAUCAUCAUUAAAUGUUUUCAUUCAUUUGAAAUAAAGGUAAAAACAACUAAAGGUUUAUAGUGGUACCCACACUUUGAUUAUACUCUAAGCACCAAUUGUUCUUGAGACACAUUUCGUGAAUUAAAGCCGUACUUCUUACAUGGGGAUGAAAUACUGUUACAGUAUCCAAAUUUCUAAAGAAAAUCAGAGAAUUUGCCACAAUAAUUUUGUCGAAAGCCAUUAUCAUCUAUGAUGAUAGAUUUUACCUGAUAAUGAAAUUUACCUGUAUCUUUAUUGUAUAUUAUAUUCUGACAAAGCGAAGUAAAAUGCUGUCUUCUUUGAACUGCAUACUUAUACAAAAUGUCAUUUGUUUUCGGGUGGGUAUACAUAUGGAUAAUGUGUAUGUAUAGUGUUUAUUAAGAAAGGAAGGGUUUAAGCCCAUGCUCAUGAAAAGUGCAAUAGAAAUAUUGUUGUGGAUAAAAUUGUAUAAUUUUCGAUAUACAUGUUACCCUUUUAUUGUUUAUGCUUGAUGGAACAAGUUUUGGAGAGAUUGUUUUAUUAAUGCUUUGUUGAUAUUACAGACAUUGUUUAUGUAGUACAUAGGUCAGACAAUCGAUUAUAUAAAAUAAAAUUUAAUAGGCGGUGAAUGUUUAUUUGUCUCAUUUGUAGUUAUAUGUGAAAUAGAACGCUUGUGUAUUUUGUAAAUUUGGUUCUAAAUGUAAAUAAGUAGAAGUGAUAAUAUGUUCAUUGGGAGUGUUGUUAUUGUAUAUGUAAUAGGCUGUAUAUAGAUAUAUGUUUACUGCCUGUAUUAUUUAAAAAGUACAGUACUAAUUAUAUUAUACAUACAUAUUACAUACCAUAUACAUGUAGUUAAUAGGCAUUUGUCAUAUACAUUAUUUGAUGAUUGAGAUAUUGUACAUUAUAUAUUUGAAGAUAUUGUGUUAUUGUAUGAAAUAAUACAAGAGUUUAAAGUGCUAUAUGUACCUACUAAAACAAUAUGUGAACCUGUGUUAUCUCAUGGUACCUAUAUUAAACAUGUUAAACAAAGCA